AUAUUUGUCAGUGGGUUCGCUAGUUCAUUAGUGUGUUGUGCACUUAUAACAUCGUUCUGACCUGUAAAUACUCCAUAAAUAAACUUCAAAAUGGUUGUUUCUGAAUAUAAUCCAGUAUACGGACCUUUUUUCGGUGUAAUGGGAGCCGCUUCAGCGAUCAUUUUCAGUUCACUGGGCGCAGCCUAUGGAACUGCAAAAUCAGGCACUGGUAUAGCCGCCAUGUCUGUUAUGAGGCCAGAACUUAUCAUGAAAUGUAUCAUUCCCGUGGUCAUGGCGGGUAUCAUUGCCAUUUACGGACUGGUCAUUGCUGUAUUGAUCGCUGGUAAUAUUACUAAUCCUUCAGGGUAUACUCUAUACAGUGGUUUCGUGCAUCUGGGAGCAGGACUUUCAGUGGGCUUCUCGGGAUUAGCGGCAGGUUUCGCUAUUGGUAUUGUGGGUGAUGCUGGUGUUAGAGGCACAGCACAGCAACCAAGACUCUUCGUUGGAAUGAUCUUGAUUCUCAUUUUUGCUGAAGUAUUGGGUCUCUAUGGUUUGAUCGUUGCCAUCUAUCUCUACACCAGAGCCAGCAACUAAUGCCAAUAUUCCCUAAAUAUCGCAUGCCAGAAGUUGCGCCUUUCACCCUCGAUCAUUCGUUUAUGAUAUAUAAUUGUAAAAAUAAUGAUUGUAUGAGAAAUCAGAUAAACUGAGGCGCUCUUAAAUGAUUUAAUUCUGAUUGAACUUGUAUUUUACCGGUAUGAGGUAAUUUAAACUGUACACUUCCCCAUAGAAUGUUUCAGUAUUCAAAGUAGUGUCUAUCUACUGUUGUACAGUUCUUCCUUACGUCGUACCUUUCAAUACUUGUGCUAUCAUUGUAAAUAUUUUUUAACACUUUUGGAUGCCUCUUGUUUGGUUUUCAUAGCAGUCACCAUUUAUCAUUCAAAUAAUUGUAUAGUUUUUAGUAGACCUUAACCUAUUUUUAUUUUAUCAUAUUAUCAUGAACUCUUUCAAUCCCAAAAAGUAUUUCAAUAAAGUUACAAAAAGUAGCACAAUUCAUUUUUGAUUUCUCAGAAAUGCUGUAUAUUUGUUUGUAAAAUAACUAGCGCGUUAAACUCCUUAAUUUAAUAGCCUUCAAAAAGGUUGAUCGUUUAUGGUUCAGGAAUGUUGUUUUCGACUUAUGAGCAGCGCAACUAUUCCAUAGGUAGAACCCUAUUUUCUCCUCUGAUAUUCAAAACAAUUUUGCAGUUAACUGACAUUUUUUCAGACUGAUUUUUAACAAAUUCAAGGUUUCCAAUUUUCUCAAUUACCAAUAAAAAAUUCGAACUUUUAUCUGUAUAACAUUUAAAAACUUAUUGUUCUAUUUUAGUUCCAUAAUAGUUUUGUUUUAUCAGAUCCAAUCCCUUCAUUGUUGAAAAUUUCUUAAACCAACCCAUUAAGAGAUGUGUUAUAUUACCUUCCAUAAAAAACAAUGUGUAUGAAUUUUUGUUAUGUCAGCAUUGUAGUAAAUAUGACAACAUAAGUGUAUCAAUGGUUUUUAGAUGUCCAUAGAUAUACAUAAUAGCCUAAUAUGUAGUGUAGCUUCAACAAAGGGCUAAGCCAUUUCAAAAGAAUGAAAAUAAUUUGAGCUGACUAAGCCUUCAAUUCAUAGCCAAUUAAAGUGUUAUAUACAGUGUUUUUGAUGAACAACUUGGUUUUUUGAUGGUACCCUGUAAUGCUGUUACCGAAUUCAGUGAGCUUAUAAUUUCCGAGUGAACUUAAUGUCUUUCAUUCACAAUUCAAUGUUGACAUUGUAUCAACAUAUAUUUUAGCCAUAAAAACCCACAUACCACUUGGAGAUCUCCUAGAAUCUGAAUAUGUUUGAAGCGGAAUCUUAUGUAAACUUGCAAAGUUACAAAUAAUGUAUUAAAGAGAAACUACGGUGAUAGGUCAAAAAAUAAUUUGUUCACAGUUGCACUGUAGUUAUUUUUCUUUUUUUAGUCAAUAAUCGGUCAGCACAUGGAGCAUGUUGAGAGAAAUGUCCGUCCUAGAGAUGAAUAUUCAGUAUAAAACCGGCAGGCAUUUCUCUCAUUGUAGAGGUACUAUUACAAUCUGUUGUAAGGAGACAGCAAAAUUAUGUUGGAAAUAAAUAAUUUGUACAUUCCAUUAUAUUUCUGUUUUAUCAAUUUUUGUUUUCAUUUUUGGGGUAUUGCUCGAAAUGACAUUCAUUAUGGUGAUUCUUUAGUCAUUGAUCAUCAUUAAACCGAUCGACUGCCGUGUCGAUCUUGAGCCAUUUACUUAAAAGGUGCAUCAAGAAUCAUCAAACCGAUCGACUGCCGUGUAGAUCUUGAGCCAUAUUUACUUAGGAGGUGCAUCAAGAAGGGGAGGUUUUACAUUUUAGUAAACAAUUUUAUUUUGAUAGGUGAUAUGUACAACUCCUAGGUACGCACAAUGUUCCUCAAACAUUAUAGGUAUUCUCUUUCGUGCAUAUCAAUUGAUAUAAAGAAAAUAAACUAGUAUAGAUUAGAUGUUUGCAUAGGCAGACGAAUUUUUCUAAACCAUUUAUAGGUAGCAGACGACUCAAAAUUGCGAAAGUGAUCUAUAUUCAUUAAAAAAAUCUCGCCAAACGAUUCCCUCAUUCAUAAAAAAACUAGAAACACGUUGGCAGACGGUAAAUCGAAAACAUUCCCACAUACCCAGAUGAAAGGAAUAAUUGUCAAAAAUAAUUUUUCAUAUGAAAAUUGAAUAUUUCAUGGAGUACGACUGGAAGAAUAACUGGACUUCUUAUUACUAUAAGGAUGAUUUGAUAACCGAAAUGAGUUCGUUGGAAUAAAUUCAUAUUACCUGGUG